UCAUUGUGUUUUCCAGUAUCCAGUUCGCAUUUGUUGCCCGUGAAGGAUGCCUUCUGCCAACCCUAAACUAGAGAAACAGGCCUCUACGGAGGCCGUUGAUCCAAUUCGCCAAGCGGUUAUUGUUAUCGAGCACAAGAUCCGGAAUCUCGAGAAACGCAAGGGGAAACUAGAAUCCUAUAAGGAUCUGCAGAAAGGCGGCGGGGAGCUAAAUGCAGAUCAAAAAACGGCAGUGGCUAAGUAUGAUGAGGUCAUACAGACGCUGGACAUUACUCGGGAUUUACACAAAUCAGUUCAAGGAAUCGCCAAUGACGCCGUUAAGCAACAAAAGAAGCUUGCGCGCAAGGAGGCCCUUGAAAGAAUACAACAGGAUAUUGGAAAGGUUCGAGAAGUUUUACUCAUUCAGGACACGUUGAUGAAAAUGGGCACAGAUAGUGUGCGUGAGGACUUUCUUGCUGGCAAGAACGGAGCUAUCAAAUUGACGGACGACGAUUUAACGGCAUUAGACAGUUUAUUCAACGAAGUGACGAUCAGCAACAAGAGGGAUAACAGUAGUUCAACUACAAUUGGUCAACAAACGCAAAAAGUUGCCGAACAUUUCGUGGCAAUUGUUGAAGGCAAACAGCGAGACUUUGAAAAAGUUGGAAUCUCCUAUCUUAAACUUAAAGAAAUUAUUGCAUCGAUUACACAAUGCGGUUACUUCGAUCAGGUUCAAGAUAACGAAACGACUGAAGCUGUGAAAACGGAAGAAGAGACGGAAGUUCAGGCUGAUGAGGAACCGGUUCAGAAACAAAACAGCGAGGAAUUUAAUUCUAACGAAAGGCACAUUCCACCGGCCGACUCUGCAAUGCCAAUUACUAAUUUCGUUCAAAUAACGCCUCAUCCUGUUGUCUCUGUCGCUGCUCCAGUGUCAGGUCAAGUGCCAGUUCUCGGACAACAAAUUCCACCGCAAACGAACGCUACGAUGGAUUCAUCGUAUUAUUCGAACGCUGGUAAUUUCGUCCCUCCACAACAGCAGCAGCAACAACAACAACAGCAGCAGCAAUCGCAGCAACAGUUGCAAGCGCCGAGAAUUAAUGAUGUUAUUGGUACGCCGAAUUUCUUUUUCCUUCAGGAGUCCGAAUUGGAUUCUCCAGACGUUACGCCGCAACCACCAACUCCGCUUAUUCCUGUCAACGCUCCCAUUCCCACUCAAACAUUUACCAAUCAAAACUUCUCUUCAACUCCCGUUGUACCGCAACCAGUUCUUUAUCAACAUCCCGCUCAACCACCAGACAUGUCACACAUUCCAGGAUUUGCCAAUCCAAAUCCCCCACCUCCAAUUCCCAUGCCACCCUCUCAUCAGCAACCAAAUAUGCAAUACAGUCCUCAACAUCCGACAGGCUUUCAACAGCCACAGGGACUCUCGCAAAUCAACCAGACGCAAUCUCAAGUUUACGAUCAGCAUCAACAGGACAAUCAAGAUCAAGCGGUCGAUGAGAAGGAUCAGAAUCACGGAGAGCCAACGUCCAGGGAUGGUGAACUUAAUCAACAAAGUGAAACUGUUGAUUGGGGACAAAUGUCGGAAGGUGCUGGUGACUGGUGUCAGCCGGAUCAGUCUCAAGACUCUUCGCAGGAUCAGCAGCAAUCAUCGCAGCAGAACUGGGGAGAUCAACAACGAAGUGGCUACAGAGGCAGAGGUGGCAGACGUGGUAACACAAAUGGAUACGCUGGUAGAAACAGGGGAGGAGGAGGCGGCUAUCAACAAAAUGGACGCAGCAGUACCGGAAGUGGUCAAGGUUCGUACUACCGAAAUGAAAACAGUAGCUAUCAGCAAAACGGUUAUGGUCAACGGAAUUCAAACUGGAGCAGCGAAGGUAGCGGCGGUUAUAACAGUGGAUUCAAGAGAGGAUCUGGCGGCGCUCGAGGUGGAAAUCGUGGUGAACGUGGUGGCAUGGACCGAGGUGGUCGAGGUGGACAAUUCCGCGGUGGUAAUCAACGAGGCACUAGUAAUCGUGGUAGUUAUUCGAACCGUAGCAAGUAACAAUAAAAUUUCAUCAUUCAACAUAUUCAACAUCCUACUUUUGAAAAGUCAAAGUCAUUAAGCUGUGUGUUUGUAUAAGAGAAACGAGAAAAACAAACGUCAAACUAGGAAAACAAUUUUAAAACCAACACAAAAACGAAAAUAAUAUAACGCCUUAAUGAAUAAUGUAAAGUAACUUUUAUUAAUUGUGAUAUGACUAAAAGAGAGUAUUCUCUGUAAAAUGAUAAAGUGUUAAACACGUCUAAUCAUACUUUACAUGAGUUUUGAUCAAAUUCGUUUGGAUAAUUGUCAAGUCAUUGAAAAGAAAAAUCGUAUUUUGAUAAUUCAAUUGACAAGUCAUUUAAAAACGUGCAACUUACGGCUUUGAGCAUUUUCAUUGCUAGGUCAUUGAAAUGAAAAUAUUAGCGUUUGAAUUUUUGAAAAUAAUGUUACUCUCAGUAUAAAAAAAAAGACGACGACGAAGAACGACAACGUUUAAAAAAACAAAAAGUGUACCAGAUCGGCUAAAUGCAGAAAUGUCAAUACACCACGCAAGUAUUACUGUGUUGUGACAGAAGGCAGUUUUCACAGGGCAACAAUAGCUGAUCGACAAAGAUUAGAAAAAAAAAUAAUUUUAUUAUAAAAAAAUACAAAAAAAAAAGAUAAUGAACAUAUGAAUUUAAGCGCAUUUCAAACAAACACACAGAAAUGUAUUUAAUAAAUGUUAAGAUGAUCGUUGAGAGUUGGCGAUCAGCACCGGCCUCUCUUCGUCUUGCGACGCAUUGUUCUAGAGAAUUUUUUCUAAAAAAAAAAAAAUAAAUAAAUCUUAACAGAAACGAGAUUGUAGAGCAAUGCUUGUUUUCCUCAUGGUCUGCGACUACUUUAACUUUAGUAUUCAUGGUCUCAAUGUAAUUUUUUUUUCUUAAAUUGAGACGCAUUGUGGUAUUCACGAAUCGACGACCAUGCACGUAGAAUUUUGUAAUUUAAUAACUAGUUGAGUUUCUUUAUUUUCUUUCUCUUUUAUAUAUAUAUUUAUAUAUAUAUAUUGUUUUUAUUUAGAAAAAGUAUCGCUCCCCUCCUGUGACUGUUUAAACCGCGGUAUUCUGAAAUUCUUUAGAAUUAUGAGCAAUGUUGACAAAACGAUGAGAUUUUUUAUGAGUGCUUUAUUGAAAAAUCAUGUACGCGAAGAAAAUUUUUACAAUCUUACCUGAUUUUUCAUUGAAAGCAGGAAAAUGUGAAGUUACAAGAAAGAAGAUUAUUUUUAAAAAAAUGCAAAGAAAAAGCGAGAAUGCAAAGUUUUAGCAUGUAAGUCGAUUCGAAUUACUUUUUUUUUCGUUUCACCAGUGUCAUUUGAAGAAACAAAAAAAAUUACGCCGCCAAAAAUAUUUCACGCUCAUUACCAAACGAACUAUCGAAACUACUCAACGUAUUUCGUUUGUACAUUUGUGUUUAAUCACCAUUUGCUUCAGUUAUGUUCGAUUAUUCUAUGACUAUUAUGUAUCUUCCAAAUAAAGAUCCAAUUCAACAUUAAA